UGCAAUACACCACACUCAACGCACACGCAGCAUCCAUCCUGUGAGCCAAUCAGGACUACAUGCAGGAUGCGAAAGGUCAGCGGUCCCGCCCACAGAACGGAGUUAGAGCGAUCGGGAACGCGGACAGAUGCGAGCUGCACUGUAGCGAUUUAUAUUUGCCAAAGUUGUGUGCGUGCCUAAAAAAAAACCACACACACUCAUGCAAAUUCUGUGGUGACAAUAAAUGGGUUAAUCCCGUACAAGUCUUUUACUGGACGCCCCGUUGUGGAUCUGUUGCCAACCAGCAAAUACAUUUAAAAGAGAAGAGCUACCUGUAGCCACUCAAUUUUACAUGGUCCUUCGAGCCGGAGCCCAGAUUUACUACGGAGAAAUGUCACAGCAUGAAGAGGAUGAGCCGGUCGUGCGUGCCAGGAGGAAGACAGUCCUCCCCGUGCGAUAUGAAGAUUAUAAUCUCAGCGGCUUCACUCUCCCAAAGCUGUUUCCUGAAUGCAUGUCACCACAUUCUCAGCUUCAUCCUACAGUGCCUCCCAGCCUAGAACCAGAGGACUGUGCACGUGCAACUGGGAUCACUCCACAACAGUUACCGCACAAAGAGCUUGAUAACCCUCUACAGUGGUCUGACGAUGAACCAUGGGGCUCUGAAACCAGCAUCCUCCAGCGAGAAAAUAGGGACCUAAGACUUGCCCAUGACAAUCUGCUACAGACCCUGCAGACAAUGCAGCAAGAAAGGGACACGUUUCAACAAGCUACAGAUCGGUAUUCACAAGAACUUUCUCAGUUAAAACAACAAAUGCAGCAGCUACAGAUUCAAAUGGUGCAGCAACAGCCUGCAGAACAGUUUUCUCCACCGGUCACUCCUACGCGACCUGUACCUGCACCACGCCGUUUGUUGAGAACACAACAGAGUGAUAAGAGCAUUGCACCACUGUCAGCCCCACGAGUCAGGCCUGCUGAGUCAGAUCAGCCUGAGCACAGUUCUGAAACAUUCUUAGCUCCAACCGCUGUCCCCAGCACAAAGCCUACCUUGCCGUACCAUACAUCACAUUCUGAAAAUGUCAAGUGGGAUGAAUCAAGGGUGGAAAGAACCUAUUAUUCCAGGGCUGAGAUGCCUGACAGGCUGAGUUGUACAUCAUAUGAGCCAGAGUCAGCAGUCCCUCCAUCCUUCGGGUCUCCCCGACGCUCUCACCUGCCAUGCAGAGCAUCCAGUCCGGUUCCGCCCGAGCUAGAGCAGAUGUACCGAGGUCCAACCCCCACAAUUCCAGACUUCGUAUAUCCAAACCCUAGAGAAUUCUCGCGGCUCAAGAUAGCUCUGGAAAAUAUUCUGCCAGCUACAGCCACUGAAAGAUUCAAAUUCCAAAUACUUACUGAUCACCUCAAACUAGAGGAGGCCCAGCUUAUCGCCGACUCAUACAGCCAUUCACAACAACCUUUCACAAAGACCAUGGCAGCACUGGAUCAGCAAUACGGACAGCCACAUCAGCUCGCAUUGCAACGCAUAGCAGAGCUCAUGGAUGGUCCAAACAUAGCCAGUGGGGACAUUAAAACAUUCCGACUCUUCGCCCUCAAGGUUCGUUCCCUCGUCGGCAUGUUAGAACAACUAGGAAAGAAGGGCACCUUUGAGUUGCAGUGCGGCUCUCAUGUCUCCCGGCUCCUAGGGAAGCUGCCGCACGAUCUCAGGUCAAGUUUUCGGCGCUUUGCACAUCCCUAUCAAGUGCCAAUCCCCACCCUUCUUGAUCUGUCAGAGUGGCUAGAGUAUGAAAUUCAAGUGCAGGAGGACACAACAAGGUUUGCAGGAGCCGGUCGUCGUGGAUAUCCAGCACGACCACGAGAAGUGAUCAGAGACCCCAAGCCAUUCACUAAAAGUGCCACCAUUCUGCUUGGCACAGAGAAAGCACCUCCAUUGACAAAGAUGAUACCUACGGCCAACAAGCCUGUUUUAACCCCUUACUGCCCUUACUGUGACCACCACAAACACUCCCUCAACAACUGCAACAAUUUUAAGCAGCUUACCAUAGACCAGAAACGGAACUGGAUCAAAGACUGCAACAGAUGCUGCCGCUGUGGAAGGAAUCAUCAAGCUUCAGAGUGCAAUCUGAGAAUGCGCUGCAAACAGUGUAAUAGCCGUCACCUUCUGGUCCUUCAUGACAUCAAUCUCAGGAGUGAAGACCUCCCAAAGACUACCCCAAAUGAAGGUACUUCUGCUAAUGCCUGCCUCCUCAAUACUAUGAACGAGAUACUUCUCAUUCGUAAGCCUCCUGCCAGUCGAAAGGUUCUUCUGAAGAUUGUCAAGGUCAUUCUUCGAAACGGGGCACACAAGAUAAAAGCUUAUGCCAUCUUAGAUGAUGGAUCGGAGAGGACCAUCCUUUUGCAUAAUGCUGCUCAACAGUUGGGCCUGAAAGGUCAGCCAGAAGAUCUUCCACUUCGCACAGUUAGGCAGGAAUUACAAAUGCUCACUGGUGCAUCAGUGUCAUUUCAUAUCUCCCCCCUGUCUCAGCCCAGCAAACUGUAUCGCAUAAAGGGUGCAUUCACAGCCCAGCAGCUAAGUCUUGCUGAACACACACAUCCGGUUAAGACUUUGAGAGAGAAAUACCACCACCUCAGAGGGCUUCCUUUGAGCCAUUUAGAGUCAGUUCGCCCUGUCCUGCUCAUUGGAUCAGACUAUCCCCACCUCAUUACAGCAGUGGAGCCAAUCCGUCUAGGCCCCCCAGGGGGACCAGCAGCUAUCAAGACUCGUCUCGGAUGGGCUUUGCAAGGUCCUGUACAACACCUGCAACAUGAGGUCACUGAACAACAGUGUCUUUUAACCUCAGUAGCACCACCUGAAACUGAUCUUCUCAGACAAGUGGAGAGACUCUGGCAGAUGGACGUGCUUCCAUGGCAAAGUGAAAAAAUGAGCACAAGAUCCAGACAAGAUCAGGAAGCAGUGAAAAUUCUGGAAAGCAACACAGUGAGAGUAGAGGUGGAUGGCGUCAAGCGCUAUGCAACCCCACUUUUGCGCGUUAAAAACAUGCCAGACCUUAAGGCUCCCAAAAAUGCUGUUCUCCCACAUCUGCGGGCCAUAGAGAGAAGGCUGGCCAAAGAUCCAGAGCAAGCAGCUGCCUACACAGCAGAAAUUCAGAAACUAGAGCGGGCAGGUUAUGCAGUCAAGGUGGAACUAAAUGUUGAAGAAUGUCUAACCAACACCUGGUACAUUCCCCAUCAUCUGGUCCAACACAACGGGAAGAACAGGGUUGUAUUUAAUUGCUCAUUUCAGUAUCAGGGCCAAAACCUUAACAAGCUCUUGCUCCCUGGUCCUGUGUUAGGCCCAUCUCUUCUUGCAGUGCUGCUCAGGUUCAGAGAGCAUUCCGUUGCUAUCAGCAGUGAUAUAAAGGGGAUGUUCCACCAGAUCAGAUUGCUUCCCGAAGACAGGCCACUUCUGCGAUUCCUCUGGAGGGAUCUAAAUCCACAGGAUCCACCUAACAUUUAUGAAUGGCAGGUUCUCCCCUUUGGCACCACAUGCAGCCCUUGCUGUGCCAUCUUUGCAUUACAAAAACACAUCCUGGACCAUAGCCAACCUGGGGAAGACGUCUGCCAUGCUGUACUGAAGUCUUUCUAUGUUGAUAACUUUCUGCAGAGUUUCACCUCAGUAGAGGCAGGCAAGGGUCUCGUUGACAAACUCCGGAGCUUAUUGGCAGAAGGGGGUUUCGACCUGAGGCAGUGGUCCAGUAACCAACUCUCCACCAUAAGCCAUUUACCUCCUGAGGCCAGAUCUGACAGCACUGAACUUUGGAUUUCACAAGGGCAGAGCAACACCCAAGAAUCUGCCCUGGGACUCCUCUGGAAUCACCAAACAGACACACUUUCAUAUAAGUACUGUCCCAUACAAAACACUGAGACCACCAUGCGCAGCAUUUACAGAAUCAUAGCAAGUCAGUAUGACCCCUUGGGCUAUCUCAUUCCCUACACUACCAAAGCCAAGCUUAUAGUACAGCGCCUUUGGGAUAAGAAAAGAGACUGGGAUGACCCGCACUUACCUGCAGAUCUUCUACAGACCUGGACAGAGUGGGUGGAGGAGCUGCCUGCCCUACAACACAUUGUCUUUCCAAGGUGUUAUACCAGUCCAAUCAGAGAUACCGACAUGAGUCAGCGAGAGAUACACAUCUUCUGUGAUGCCUCUGAGCGGGCUUAUGGCUCAGUCGCUUAUCUCCGCACAGAGGAUCAAUGUGGGGAGGUAGAGGUGGCCUUCCUCACAGCCAGGUCACGAGUGGCACCCAAAAAACAGCAGUCGAUCCCCCGUCUGGAACUCUGUGCUGCACUGACUGGGGCACAGCUGGCUAAAGUAGUCAGAACAGAACUGAACCUUCCCAUACACCAACUCACUCUGUGGACUGACUCCACCACAGUUCUCACUUGGCUGCAUUCAGACUCUUGCCGAUUCAAAGUGUUUGUUGGAACUAGAGUUGCUGAGAUCCAGGACAUUACAGACCAGCACACAUGGCGUUAUGUUCCUUCAACCUAUAACCCAGCAGAUGACAUAACACGGGGGAAAAGCCUAUGUAAGCUAGGGCCAGAUAGCCAUUGGUACCAAGGGCCAUCCUUUCUCAAAGGUCCUCCAAAUCAGUGGCCAGAAAUUCCACACCCCAUGCCUGCAGACGAAAGUGAGCUUCGUAAAACAGUUCCCUGCCUCCUUACCUGCUUCACAGCCAGCUUGUCAUUCCCUGACUUCAGCCAGUAUAAGACAUUUGAAGAGCUACUGGAGUCCAGGGCCUGUCAUGGGGCGGCAGGCAAUCCAACAGCUGAUGACUACAAGAUGGCGGAAAUCAGUGUCCUACAGCAAGCUCAGGAAGAGUGUUUCCCCUCUGAACUGGAGCAGUUAAAGGCAGAUAAAUCACUUCCCAGAAAGAGUCGGCUAAAGGCACUGGCCCCUGAACUGAACCAUGAUACACAGCUAAUCAGGGUAGGGGGUCGCCUUCGCUGUAGCCCUUAUCUAGAUCCUGAUACUGUGCACCCCAUUGUCCUAGACCCAAAACACCCAGUGUCCAAACUGCUCAUACAGAGUUAUGACACUAAACUCCAUCAUCCAGGCCCAGAAAGAGUCUUUGCAGAGCUUCGGCGAAAAUACUGGAUUCUUCGCGGCAGAGAGGCAAUCAAACGUUGUCAGAGGACUUGUGUGGAGUGCCAGAAGUGGAGAAGAAACCCUGAAGUCCCAAAAAUGGCAGACCUCCCUCCAGCCAGAUUACGUUUAUUUAAGCCUGCUUUCUACUCAACAGGAAUGGAUUGCUUUGGUCCAUAUACUGUCAAAGUAGGUCGCAGAAAUGAAAAGAAAUGGGGCAUCCUGUUCAAAUGUCUUACUACAAGGGCUGUUUACAUUGACAUCCUUCAUAGCCUUGACUCUGAUUCAUUCCUUAUGGCUCUCAGACGAUUCAUCGCUAGACGAGGCAAGCCAUUCGAGCUAUUAUCGGAUCAAGGGACUAACUUCAAAGGAGGGGAGAGAGAACUGAAGGAAGCAUACGCAGCUAUCGUCCCUGAAUUGCAACAGCAACUGGCAAGCCAGCAAAUACAAUUCCACUUCAAUCCCCCUAAUUCUCCACAUUUUGGUGGCAGCUGGGAAAGAGAGAUUCGCUCCCUUAAACAGGCCUUGAUGACAACACUUGGGGCCCAGUCUGUCACCUUCGAAGUAAUGUACACUGUGCUGGUGGAGAUUGAAGGGAUCUUAAAUUCCAAGCCACUAGGCUACAGUUCAUCUGACAUUUCUGAUCUAGACCCUAUCACACCAAAUUCCCUUCUCAUGGGGCGGCCAGAUUCAUCACUUCCUCCUGUAAUAUACCCUGAAUCUGAACUGAUCAGUCGACGCAGAUGGCGUCAUAGUCAAGUCCUUGCCGACCAAUUCUGGAGGCGCUUCAUCAGGUUCUACCUUCCCAGCCUCCAGACCCGCCAGAAGUGGCAAGAUGAGACAUCUGAUCUCCAGGUUGGCACCAUUGUCCUGAUUGUCGACCCCCAACUGCCCAGAGCACUCUGGCCAGUGGGCCAGGUGUCGAAGGUAUUCCCUGGAGUAGACCGCAGAGUAAGAGCAGCAGAAAUUAAAGUUGGAAAGAAGUCAUACACACGCCCAGUGGCACGCCUCAUCCGAUUACCUGCCAUACCAGAUUAAAGGUACUUUUAAUGGUGUAGGACAGGUUAUAGGCCCUUUUGUUAUUGUACAUAUUUCCCUUUGGAAAUCUGGGGGCGGCUGUAAAAAAGGCCACACGCAGGUUAUAUUCAUUUGGCUAAGCUUCCCCUGCAAUACACCACACUCAACGCACACGCAGCAUCCAUCCUGUGAGCCAAUCAGGACUACAUGCAGGAUGCGAAAGGUCAGCGGUCCCGCCCACAGAACGGAGUUAGAGCGAUCGGGAACGCGGACAGAUGCGAGCUGCACUGUAGCGAUUUAUAUUUGCCAAAGUUGUGUGCGUGCCUAAAAAGUGAGUAACAGUCUGCUCAUCCAUUGCUUUCUAUAUUGCUUGUGAACAUUGAACUGCUUUGAGUGUUUAUAAAUUAAUGCAUGCGAUUGACAAAGACGAACUCGCUGGUAAAGAUGUUCGUGUGUAUUUACAUACUAGUUAUCUCACAUAUACUACCGCUAUGUUUUAAGGACAUAAUCUGUGUGCUAUUUAAUCAUUAUAUGGUUUAUUUAAUAUAUAUCUAAUAUGUAUCGCUCAUUUCUAAGAGUUAAAGCACUCUUUUGGCGCAUGCGCAUUAAUGUUCUAGACAGAGCGGCUCCAUCUCUGUCCUCAGCGCUGAGAGGUGUCGGAUUUCAACUGUGCAUUAUUAGUCAUUUCUAACAGCGCAUUUUCCCAUAUAAUUGCACAUGUUUCUUAUUUGAUUGUUAAAUCACUGUAUUUAAUAUAUUCUCUGUGUAGAUACUGUGUUGUUGUUAUACUCAUUGUGACCACUGUUGUUAUUUGUAUUUAUAUAUAUAUUUUCUUUUUAUCUUUAUUUGUAGAAAACCACACACACUCAUGCAAAUUCUGUGGUGACAAUAAAUGGGUUAAUCCCGUACAAGUCUUUUA